UUCACUGCAAGUGAUGUCCUUCGUCUUCUCAGCAACCCCAGAUAUUCCAAAACCCAGUUACCUGUCUCCGUGGGAAUAGGCUAGCUUCAGUGUUCUUAAGCCAAACCCGUCAACGUUCACUGAAAUCCGUGAGUGAAUAAAUGGUUCCUAAUUUUCUCAUUGCAAGGUUAGCUGUAUCACUCACACACCACAGAAGUACCCAUAUCCAAUUGGGUUCUCUGCUGCAACACAAACGCAAUGCUUUCCUUCUUUUAUUCAAUUCAUUCACUUCAGGAACCUCUUCUGAUUCUGAAUCAGAUGGAAACCACCAAAAAGGUGGCACCUUUACUGUGUCUUACCUCAUCAACUCAUGUGGGGUGUCCCCAACACUGGCCAGGAAACUCUCCAAUAAGGUCAAUUUGAAAACCCCACAUGGCCCAAAUGCUGUUCUUGAUCUUCUCAACAACUAUGGGUUUGACAAAAUCCAGGUUGCAAAACUUGUUGAGAAACACCCUUUGGUGCUUCUUGCGGAUGCAGAGAAUACCCUUUUGCCUAAACUCAAGUUCUUACGUUCUAUUGGGGUUUCCAACACUGACAUGCCUAAGAUUUUAAUUGCUAACCAUAGCUUGAAGAGGAGCUUGAAAAAAUUCUUCAUCCCAAGAUAUGAGAUCCUCAGACGUGUACUUGGUGAUGAUCAGGAAGUCGUUAGAGCUAUAACAAGUUCCCGAUUUGGUAUUAAUUAUGGUGACGCAAUGAACUUGGUUCCAAACAUUGAGGUUUUGAGGCAGUCUGGUGUGCCCCAAGCUUCUAUCUCUUUCAUGAUGAUCCAUUGUGGGACUGUAGCCUACUGGAAGCAUUCCAGAUUUGUGGAAGCUGUCAACACUGCUAAGGAAAUCGGGUUUAAUCCUUUGAGAACAAAUUUUAUUGUGGCCAUUGAAAUGCUUCUGAUUAGCAGCAAAGCAGUAUGGGAAUCAAGGUUUAAGGUUUAUGAGAGGUGGGGCUGGAACCGUGAAAUGGCUCUUCAAGCAUUUCGAAAGUUUCCCAAUGUAAUGAGGUUGUCAGAGGAGGCAUUUAGCAAGAAAAUGAAUUUCCUAGUGAAUGAUAUGGGUUGGCCAUCAGAAGAAAUCGCUGAGUAUCCUCAAGUUGUAGCAUACAACUUAGAGAAGAGGAUUAUCCCUAGAUUCUCGGUAAUCAAAAUCUUGAAAUCAAAAGGUUUGCUUGAGAAUAAUGUAUCCUUUAGUUCCAUUAUAUGCAUAACUGAAGAAAAAUUUCUGGAAAAUUUUGUGAUCAGUCUUCAGAAAGAUUUGCCUGUCUUACCAGACCUCUAUAGAGGUAAGAUCAAGCCUUCAGAUGUAAUGUAGUGUUUGACGGCUUUUGAUGGUACUUAUCCUAACUUCCAACUUGUCUAUUUCAAUGCUAAAUUGGACUUUGAUUUUAUCUGCUUUAGCUUUUGGUGUCAGCGUCUAUAUAAUUCUUUUUAGUGGUGAUUUUCAAUUCAAUACAAAGGUUUGUUUAUUUCUGUUGAUAAAGCACAGCAGAAUAAAAGAAUACCAUAUAUUUUGUAGGCUGA